AAAUUAAAUAAAUGUUGUAUUUUAUUCAUUGAAUGUAUACUCUAGGACCCAAGAGAAAAUGACCGUAAAAAGACCGGAUCUGUGCAUCAGUCCCACUUCCAUAUACCAGCUGGCCACGAUCUUCUAGAAGCAUCUUUUACAUUUGUGUAUACAAAGCGAUAUUUGGUCCAAGUAUCAACGUGUCAUUUUGCAACGAUCAGUUUCUAAUGGUUCUGUUAGAACUGAAAAAAGCCGUUUAAGACAGCUCCUAAUAAAAUCUUCUAAAAUUGUUUCCAUGGCUUUUGGUGUAUCAUUAAUAGCAUUUGGAGGAUAUUCACUAGUGUUUGAAGAUGACGAAUUAGUUCAAAAAGGAAACAAAAACAUUCCACUCGUUAUUAAAAUCUAUGAACGGAUAUGUUUUAGAAUAGAAUUUUAUCAUAAGAUGUUUACAAUUCCUGCUACCAAAAAAUUAUUACCUGAUUCAUUACCAGAUUAUUAUGAUAAACCUCAUUAUACACUUGUGUUAGAGAUUACCGAUCUUCUAGUACAUCCAGAGUGGAGCUACAGUACAGGUUGGAGGUUUAAAAAGAGGCCAAAUGUUGAUUAUUUUUUGGAAAGAGUUGGAAAAAAGUUUGAAGUAGUUGUUUACACAGCUGAAAAUGGUUAUAUUGCUUCUCCAAUAUUAGAUGAAAUUGAUCCUAAAGGUUGGAUUCAAUAUCGCUUAUCACGCCAAUGUACUGAAUUUCGAAAUGGUCAAUUAGUAAAAAAUAUUGAAAGAAUUAAUCGUGAUUUAUCAAAAGUCAUUGUAAUAGAUUGGAAUACAAGUUGGACACAACUUCAUCCUUAUAACACUCUUAUUAUUCCUAGAUGGAAUGGUGAUGAAAAUGACAACUCGCUUAUUGACCUUGCAGACUUCUUAAAAGUGGUAUUUUCAAAUGAAGAAAAAGAUGUAAGAGAGAUUUUGAACGAAUAUAAACAAUAUGAUGAUCCUAUAAAGGCAUUCCGAGAGAAUCAAAGAAUAUUAAAGGAAGAAACUAAAGAUGAAGAAGAAAAAGAACAGGAAAUAAAUAAAAUAGAAGAUAAUAAUAAAUCAUGGUUUUCAUGGAUACCGUGGAUUUAUUGAGUAUAUAUAUUAAAAACACACAAUACAAUUCUUUGUACACAAUGUAUGCUUUGUGUGUAUGUUAAUAAGCAUGUUGCAUACCUCAUAGCAUUUUGAUUUUAACAAUUCAACAGAAUCAAAAAUUAAUUGGUUUUAGCCAUAAUAUUGAUCAUGUAUUUUUGUACUUUUAUUUUUAUUUAUAACUCAUACAACUAUUUAAUAUACAUAUUUAUUUAUAUAAUA